AAUUCCUGGGGACCACCAUAUUAAUGAACCACCGAGGUAGGACAAAGAAAAUAGACAAGUAUCCUGGACUUAAAUAAUGAUGUACGUGUUCUUCCUGGACCAGUCUGUCACCCAGACGAACCUUUAAGAUGAAAGGGAAAACUUAGAUCCUACCACUCCCGCCUUGAUUGACUGAGCUGGGUGAAGGGAGGAGGAAAUCCCGCUGUUGUUGUUGUUGUUGUUGUGGAGAGCUCAGUGAAAGAUUCGAGGCGGGGUCUUCAUCAUUUAUUUCAACCCGGAACUUCCAACGGAACAGGGCGAAACUCGAUAUACCGGGGAAACAUCGAUCAUGGAAUUGUUUGUUGAGACGCUAACGGGAACGGCCUUUGAACUACGCGUGUCCCCUUUCGAAACUAUUAUGUCAGUAAAAGCCAAAAUCCAAAGGCUGGAAGGUAUCCCGAUAUCUCAACAGCAUCUCAUUUGGCAGUCAGUUGAGCUCGAGGAUGAUUACUGCCUCCAUGACUACAGCAUCCAUGAUGGUGCCACCUUAAAGCUUGUCCUUGCCAUGCGGGGUGGACCAAUCAACACCAGGCGAAUCCCCAUGGAAGAUCCAGCGCUAAGGGAAAUGGCCGAAUACGUGGAGGCAAACCGAGAUGAAAUCUGGGAAAAGCUACCUGGAAAUAGACAGGUCACUCUGUUAGUUUUUCGAGAAGGUGACCAGUUAAACUUCUUUCGUGUGGUAGACAGAGGUGAUGGAACACUUACUCCAUUAUCAGAGUCAUUAAGCGGUGCCUCAAUCUACAACUUCAAUGAUGAGGACGAUGAGGAUGAAGUCCCCUCUAAGGAGAAGGUAGAAGAAAAUGUCCGCAUGAAGGAAAAGAUGAAACAACUACGACGUAAUAUGGAAAAAUUAAGUGUGACAAAAAAGCCUGACAGGGAAGUUAAACCUGUGUUACCAGUACGCUCAAGCAGUACACAAGGCAAGUCACGGCAUUUUACGGGGACAGGACUAAUCAGAGAAAAGACAACUUUAAACAAAAUUCCCUGUCUACCGCCUUUAGGACAAAAAUUUACAAGUCAGAUGUCAAAAGAAGAGCGUGCUAGCUCAUCAGAGACAGAGGAGUUGAACUUUAAGUCCUCUGAUGAAGAAACUUCUUCACCUGACCAUAUGCUAACAGGCAUGGCUGAUCCCAUUGGGACCACCAAAUCUUGCCUGACUGUAGCGGAUUUAACAGAGCCAGGCCCCAGCUUACUUGAUCAUGCACAGCAUACGGAAAUACCCACCCUGGGAGAAGUGGAGGUCAACAGCCGCCACUCCGUUAUCUCCCCGGGGAAACUCUCCGGUCUCAACAGAAUGACAGAUACUACUUCAGUGCCUAUCAGCUCAUCCUCACGCAGACGGGAACUGACUGUUGAUAGCAUAAAAGAGACGUUCAGACCGCCUACUUCUUCAAAAGCAAGAGAACGGAAGAAAGAGUUAUCGUAUGAAAACCUGAAGGAUGUGUUUUCCAGGCCAACAACUUCUGCUCGGAAGGAUACAACUCUUGGCAGUUUAAAAGAAACAUUAGGUCGUUCAUCCUCAAAAUAUGGACUCCUGGAUCGUAGAAAAGAGUUUACUUUAGAAAGCCUCAGCUCAAGUGAGGCUCGUGCAAUGUCAGGACUGCUUCGACAAGCUUCAUUGGAAAGAAUUGGGUCAUCCAGAAUUGGAAAUUUUGUUACAAGUGCUAGCAAGUCUCGAAUUGGAAAUUACCAUGUAGGAACUAAUGGCAGAAUUCCAACUCCAGAUGGGCGCAUUGUUUCUGGUCGUUUACGAAUGUCAGCAAACAGAGACGGGCGACUUCUUUCCCCUAGCCAUCGACUUCCUCCAGUAAAAACGAAGAAGAAAGUUGUCAAAAGGUGUUACGUCUGCACUAAAAAAACGGGGUUAGCUACGAGCUAUCAGUGCAGGUGUGGGAAUAACUUCUGUGCUUCGCAUCGCUAUGCAGAGUCCCAUGAUUGUACCUACGACUAUAAAACGGAAGGAAGGAAGUUGUUAGAACAAAGCAACCCAGUUGUCAGUGCACCAAAAUUACCAAAAAUAUAAUAUUUAAAUCAUUAUGGGCAGAAUUCCAGCCUGUCUUACAUAGGUCCACAAUGAUGAACUCCUGUCAGUUAGGUUAUCAAAUUUGAUGUUGCCAUUGUGAUAGACGUGAUAUAUUACACAAGAUUUAGAUACAAGCCACAUUACAUGAAAUUUAUGAACUGUUUAAUUCUCUAAUAGAGAUGUUUGUUUGUUUUAAACAAAUGACGAUCAUCUGAAUG